CUCGCCUCCGUCGCCUCCGCGCUCCGCUCCCGCUUCCCCUUCGACGACCAUGCCGCCGCCGAUUCCUCCUCCGAGCACGAGGAGUCCGACCCCGUCGUCGAUGUGGACGGGGAAGGGGACGGGGACGGUCCCGUCGUCGGUGAGGGUGAUCUGGGGCGGGAGACCGUGGUGGAGCGGGACGCCCGCGCGGCACUGCAGCGGGAGCUGGAGAAGGAGCGGAGCGCCGCGGCAUCGGCGGCCGAGGAGGCCAUGGCCAUGAUCCUGCGCCUGCAGAAGGAGAAGUCGGCGCUCGAGAUCGAGGCCCGCCAGCAGCGCCGCACCGCCGACGAGCGCUGCGCCUUCUACGAGGACGAGGUGGAGGAGCUCCGUGACAUCGUGCUCGUGCGGGAGCGCGAGGCCCGCGCGCUGCAGAAGGAGGUGGACGCCUACCGACGCCUGCUCGGCCUCGCCACCGAGGACGACGACGACGAUGACGAGGAUGAUAUGGUGACGCCUCACAGCACCAUGGUGGAUGGCGAGCCAAGCUCGUCCAAAUCUGUGUAUAAGAACAGCAGAAAUGAUGGGAUGGCACAAUUGGUGAAUGACUAUGGAUUCAGCUUGAAGACACCGUUUUCGCCCGAAGAAUUGGUAUCACCUAUUAAUGUGGAUCAUAUCAAAGGGGUAAAUGAGGAUAAGCUGUUGGCUGGGACAUCUGAGAACAUUCCUGUGGUUGGGUUGAAACCGGAGGACGAAAGCUGUGAGAAUGAUGACACUGAGACGGUCGAAAUUCUCCCACUAUCUGCUCGAAGUUUAGAUCAAAUUGGAAAUGUUGAAGCUGUUGCUGUAGUUGGUACAAAAACUACAGAGGAGCUGCCCGGUGAGCUUCAGGAGGUAGAUUGUGGAGGUUGCAUAGACAAGAUUGGUGGUGAUUCUGCAGGAAGUGAGAAUGAUGCAAAUAUCUAUGAUGUGCAUGUGGUUGAUGAUAUAUGCUUCCCAACUGAAGUUAAAGGCCUGAUUGGUCGGAGUUUCUCAGAUGCAACAAUGCAAGCAGAGAAGUUACAAAACAGAGUUGCUGCAGAUGAUCUCCUUGGGAGAAGUCUGAAUGCCAUUAAAGGUGCACAAGACAAGAUAAAGCUUGCAGCAAGUGAAAGAAAGCAAACAUUACAGCUGCAACUAUUGGAGGACAUAGCUAACCAACUUCAGGAAAUCAAGGAUGCUGCAGAAGCAGGGCGACAGCUUCACUGUGCUUCUCCUAGAAAUUUAAAGAAAAGCUAGGCAUAUUUUGGCAUCAAUGGCAACAUGGUUGAUGGUGUACAUGUUUGUGUUGAUUUGUAGUCAGUUGAUUUUGUUGCUUGAUUAAGGUUUGUUUGUUCUUUUAAUAAUUAAUUUUGGAUUGUUAUUCAUGUACAUGUACAUAAAAGGUAGAUUCGUUUGUUGUUUGCAUUCCCUAUCUGCUUUAACCAAAUUAUAGGCUCAAUACACGAGAACUGUUUCUCAUUUAUCAGAUAACAAUAUUCAUAGUUCACCU